UGAAAACCUCAUCAGUCUCUGAUCUCGCCUGAGAACAACACCUCGUCCGAUUCGCCGGAGAAAAAUGGCGGCGAAGGAGGGAAGAUUUUGGGGAUGGGCAUUUGCAUCUGUAAUUUUCAGGCUAAUUCUGAUUUAUUUCCCCAACAAUCUCAACCUCUCUUCUCGUCCUGAAGUCUCUACUCCUCUCACCAGUCUUCGUCGCCUGGCUGAGGGAUAUUGGUUGAAGCAGUCGUCGUUGUCUCCUUAUGCAGGAUCUAUGUACCACGGUUCUCCAUUGCUUCUCUAUGUUCUUGGACCACUCACUGCCAAAAGAAUUGAAGGACAACUCAAUCAUCUUCUAUGUGGCUUGGUAUUUGUGAUUGCAGAUGUUGUGAAUGCAUUGCUUAUACGUGUUAUUGGCCAGAAUCUUCAGAUUUCAUACAAUCAGCGUUUGAAAGCACUAAGCCUUGAUGCAAUACCAAAAGAGAAAGCGAUCCUUCCUUCUCGAGACAUUGCUGCUCUUGUCUACCUAUGGAAUCCUUUCACAAUAGUUUCAUGUGUGGGUUUGUCAACAUCUCCAAUUGAAAACAUGGCUGUUAUAUUGUCACUAUACGGAGCGUGUACACGUAAAAUUCCCCUGGCAGCUUUUGGAUGGGUCAUGGCAACACAUCUUUCCCUUUAUCCAAUGAUUCUAAUCAUUCCUGUGAUUCUUUUAUUAGGAUAUGGUCCAGAAACUCCUCCGAGAAAGUUGUUUGAUGGAAAAGUUGAAGAUAGUGCCUCAAGCAAUCACAGUCAUAGAGCAAUGAAACAACAAGGAGCUGCCACUAUUUUCUCUUGGAAACCAGUAUUGAAGUUCUUGAUGUGGUCUGUUGUUUGGUCAAUCUAUGUGUUGGUUCUAUGUGGUCUAUGUGUCAGACAUUAUGGUGGCCUUCACGAGAUGUUUAAGAGAACCUAUGGGUUCAUCCUUACAGUGCCAGAUUUAUCUCCAAACAUAGGUGUAUUAUGGUACUUCUUUGCAGAAGUUUUUGAAUUUUUCAGAAAUUUUUUUCUGAUUGUGUUCCAUAUGAACAUUUUGUUCAUGGUACUCCCGUUAGCUAUACGGCUGAACCACCGCCCCUGCUUUCUGGCUUUUGUGUACAUUGCAAUCUCGUCAAUGCUCAAGUCUUAUCCUUCAGUUGGUGAUGCAGCUCUAUACCUUGGUUUAUUGGGAUUGUUUGUUAAUGAACUAGCAGAUAUGCAGUUCUCAUUUUUCCUGUUCUGCGUUUAUGUUGGGGUUUCCCUCCUCAGCCCUGUAAUGCAUAACCUAUGGAUAUGGAGGGGCACCGGGAAUGCAAAUUUCUACUUUGCAACUGCCAUGGCCUAUGCUUGCUUUCAGAUUGUUUUGGUGGUCGAGAGUGUAAGCGCGAUGCUCAGUCAUGACAGGAAGCUAAAGAAGCUUUCGAUUGCAAAGCAUCAAGAGAGCAAGUCUUGACUCUUGAGCAACUCUUGCAGCCAUUCAAAUUUUUAUGCGGUUAAUCACCUUAGCUUCAUUCUUUAGAGUUCUGUAAUGCAAGCAGAUCGCAGCAACACUCUACUAAUGACCUCUCUGACUCAAGAACUCGUACCACAGUCAAGUCGGCCGUUGCAUCGUGGAUAGAAGACCUAUGCAUCCUCCGAAACAACGCUUUCUUGCUCAGCAUUUAGAUGGAAUUGUAACUGAAUAUAGGGAUUGUAAUGAUAAAAAACGAGAUUGUUGUAGUAUUUUUCAAAUGCAAAUGAAUAUUAAGAGCGUGUGUGUGUGCGUGUGUUUGAGGGAAAGGCACAAGUUGAUUGCCUUAUAGAAUUGCUUGUCAGAAUAUAUAGCAGAGUUCAAAAUAUGCGG